AUGCCGGAGUCACGGGUGGCGCGGGAAGACGGGCGCUCCAGCUUCGACGGGCCUGCGCCGAGCUCCUCCUCCACGCUCCGCCGUGCUGCUGUUUUGAUAUGCGCCGCUCUAGCUUCUUGCACGUCGAGUCUUGGAUGGGAAGGUUUUGUCUUAGGCCUGGUACCGUGCUGCCCUGAGUAUGAGCCAGAGGAUCUACCGUGGAUCGUCGUUCACGGUGCUGAAGCAGUUACAUCAGGACCGGCAAAACCCUACAUGGCUAACCUUGUCGGGCAACUGGAGGCGUUACGAAAGUAUGCAUUAGGGGUGCUUACCGGACAGAUAGACGAGGAUUUUAGACCAGCACUAGGCAAUGGCAAGAUUUACAUAGACAUGGUGGUCGCCCAUGGACCAACAGUAGCACUAGACUUGAGCUAUAUGUUAAUACUAGAGCUUCGAGACUUCUACUAUCAGAGGUACCAUGCCUUUGUAAAGUGCAGGACAUCAUGCCAGCAAAUCUGUGAUAUUGCUCACAGGCUUUGUGUGAAGCUAGAUCCAGCCCUUCAAGACAUCUAUAAUUAUACCCAGUCCUUCGGAGGUGCAUUAAGUGGAGAGAGCUUGUUGCACAUUACUGGGUUUGGUGGUCGAAUGAAGCUUGAGGCAUCAUAUGCAGCUAAGGAAUUAGCUUAUAUGCAUGGCAUCAUAUGCCUUGUAUUCCAUAAGGUCAGGCUACCCAUCAGCCUCAGCAGGUUCAAGGACGGACCAUCCAUUUAUCAGGUGGAUGCACCAGGCUAUCCUACGGUCCAUCUUAGGGCUAUCCUUGAUGUGAUUGUUAAGAAGUUCCACAAAACAACAGUGUCUGUUACAACUGCGACAACAGCAGAUGGAAACCUUUGCACAACUAUUGAUGGAACCACUUUCCGUCGCAGGUAUAAGCCUGCCAAACCAAUGCUGCUGUUCGAGGCAGAGGCAGUUGCCAUCUGCCGUUUCGUGAGGCCCGUGACACAUGUGUUGGGUUAUAACAUAGUCGAUGCAAACUACCCUACUCUUGCUAGUUCCAUAAAGGACGUGCACGAGUUGCUUACGUUACAGGUCCCUCCAGAAGAUAUCGAGGAGCUAAGUAGCUUGGUUACUAGCCUGCUUACAUCCUUAGAGAGCCACUACACGGCUGUGGAUCAGGCAUUGGGGGCUUUUAGACAGGCCGAGCCAUACCUCUAG